AUGCAUUAUUUACGUGCACUUUCCGGUCUCAGCCUUCUUGGUCUAGCAUCUGCUGCCCCCUUCACUGAUAACUCACCACUUCAACGACGACAAGCCCCAGGAGCCCAGAACGUUGUAUAUUGGGGCCAAAACGGCGGUGGUACAAUUGAGAACAACGACCUAGCCUCAUAUUGCAAGUCAAAUUCCGGCAUUGACGUACUCGUCCUAGCCUUCCUCUACCAAUUUGGCAGCGGUGGAAACAUCCCCAGCGGCACAAUCGGCCAGUCAUGCUACGUUAGCACUGCUGGUCAAGGCCAAAACUGCGAAGCCUUAACUGCCGCCAUACACACCUGCCAAUCUGCUGGCGUGAAGAUAAUCUUGUCUCUUGGCGGUGCCACGAGCUCUUAUUCCCUGCAGUCGCAGGCGCAGGCCGAGCAAAUCGGCCAGUAUCUGUGGGAUUCGUACGGCAACUCUGGAAACACUACAGUCCAGCGGCCCUUUGGCAGUAAUUUCGUAAAUGGAUUCGACUUUGACAUUGAGGUGAACGGCGGAAGCAGCCAGUACUACCAGUACAUGAUUGCCAAGUUGCGAGCCAACUUUGCGUCAGACAAGUCCAACACGUACUACAUUACUGGUGCACCGCAAUGCCCUAUCCCCGAGCCAAAUAUGGGGGUCAUUAUCAGCAACUCUGUUUUUGACUAUCUUUUCGUGCAGUUCUACAAUAACAACAACUACACCGUCCCAUGUGCACUGGGAAUCAACGGCGACGCUCCUUUCAACUACAACAACUGGACGGCGUUCAUAUCCCACACUCCCUCUGCUAAUGCCAAGAUAUUCAUUGGUGUACCAGCUUCACCCUUAGGUGCGAACGGGACUCCCGCUGGUGCAGCGUACUACGCCACUCCAGAGCAGCUUGCCGACAUCGUUAAUGAGUACAAGUCUGACGCACAUUUCGGCGGUGUCAUGAUGUGGAGUGCUGGCUUUUCGGAUUCCAAUGUCAACAAUGGAUGUACCUAUGCGCAGGAAGUUAAAAAUAUUCUCGUUAGUGGUGUGCCGUGCGGAUCGUCGGGCCCCCCUACCUCAACUCAUACUGCGACUACAACGACCAUUACGAAGACGACGUCGACUAGUUCUCCGACUGCAUCCCCAACUGGUGGGACAGUUCCUCAGUGGGGACAGUGUGGUGGUCAGGGAUACACUGGGCCUACUCAGUGCGUUGCGCCUUACAAGUGUGUUGCACAAGGAGCUUGGUGGUCAUCAUGUCAGUGA